AUGGGGAUCUCUCGUGGGCUGCCGUUGGGGCUCGGCGCAUUGGCGGUGUCGAGUGGGGCCGUCAUGUUAACUUUCGACAUCAUAUUCGCCGUUACCCUGUCUCAAAGUUCUUCCGCGGCCAAGGCCAAUGUGGUGGCCAUAGUCGCGUCGGUACUCAAUUCGAUUGCGGUUGCUCUGUUAUUACUACUGCUGGCCAGGCAGAUCCGGUAUCGUAACGGAGCACACAUUCAAGAUUUCGGACAUGGCAGACAACACACAUACUUGUUGGCUGGAUUUGCGGGAGUGUUCGGUACUCUGUCUGCCGUCGCUUCAGCAGUGCUGCUGGGGAUCAUGAGGAAUCAGCAGGCUAAUCCCCCGAAGAGGAUCAUCCAUUCAUCCACCCAGAGCUUGGUCACUGGAGCUUUCAUCGGCUGGGCAAUUUCUCUGCUCUCCCAGGCUGUGUUCAUCAUCUGCAUGGUCAUCAUCCAACGGAAAGAUUUCCAGCAACAAAUCCAACCUUACCAUAUUGGAGCACCAAGCGAAGCUUUCCCAGAGAUGCAAGAGUCGUCAAGACAGGGGGCUUCAAGUGCCCAAGCGAACCACAGCCAUCGUGGAACACCAUCGAUGGAGUCGAGAUCUCCUCCUCCUUCCAGCGGUCGAUCCCGAGCUGGCUCUGAUACUGUGUCGUCUUUCCGGUCUUCCUGGUCCCAAGUUGUCCGACCAAUCAACUCGAAGACCAAAUUGAUCCAGCAUAGCCACAAAACUCAUCAUCGGCCACCAUCCAUUGAAUCCAACCACCGCGAAAGAAGCAUAUCUGUAGAGGAUGGCUUUGACUCUUGGGAUACAUCUGGUGUGGAUGCGCAAUCGCGACAAGCUGUUGAAUCGGCGUCGCCAACUCCCCAACGAUUUCUCGAGACCAUUCCAGCCAGUCCUACAACGAGUAGAAGUGCAAGUCCUGGUUUCCCUCUCGACUUGGAGCCUCCAAAGGCGAGGAAAAGGAGUCGAAGUUACAGCCCCGCCAACAGCUCCAGGGAAAUGCCAAGGUCUGUGCGGCAGUCGAGUCCGACAGAGAGCAACCACGAGGCUCACAUCCAUCCCCUCUUCCGAACCGACUCACCCACUCCUCCUCCGGCAGCUACUCCAGGAACGAUUGUGACCGCAGCCCCUGGAGCAGGGCAGGUAAUUUCGGAUCCUCAGAGUAUUCGAUCACUUCACCGAAUGCGAAGUGGAAGCCUGCCAUCAAGUCCGUUGGUCCCCAGUGCGAGCUUGGAUAGUAUUCGACGUGCGAUGCAGGAGAGGGAGGAACGAGAGGGGAGGGAAGAGUUGGAGCGGUUAGAAGAGGUCGGUGGGGAGAGGACCUUGACACCUCCCAUUCCGGACUUCAUUCUGAAUGGAGGGCCAAGGAGUAGCAUGGGAGGCUACAAUUCGAGGAAAAAGACCCAGGCUGGA